CGGGGCGGUGCCAAGAUGGCGAAGGUGUCGGAGAUGUACGACGUGACUUGGGAAGAUAUGCGUGAUAAAAUGAGGAAAUGGAGGGAAGAAAACUACCGAAACAGUGAACAGAUAGUGGAUGUUGGAGAAGAGUUAAUUAAUGAAUAUGCAUCUAAACUUGGAGAUGACAUUUGGAUAAUUUAUGAACAGGUGAUGAUUGCUGCCCUGGACUGCAGUCGAGAUGAUCUGGCAAUGUUUUGUCUUCAGGAACUAAGGCGGCAGUUUCCUGGGAGCCACAGAGUUAAACGAUUAACUGGAAUGCGAUUUGAAGCUAUGGAAAGGUAUGAUGACGCUAUCCAGUUAUAUGAUAGAAUUUUACAAGAAGAUUCAACUAAUACAGCAGCAAGAAAGCGUAAGAUUGCCAUUCGAAAAGCCCAGGGGAAAAAUCUCGAGGCCAUCCGAGAGCUGAAUGAGUAUCUGGAACAAUUUGUUGGAGACCAAGAAGCUUGGCAUGAACUUGCAGAGCUUUACAUCAAUGAACAUGACUAUGCAAAGGCAGCCUUCUGCUUAGAGGAGCUUAUGAUGACUAAUCCACACAACCACUUAUAUUGUCAGCAAUAUGCUGAAGUUAAAUACACUCAAGGGGGUCUUGAAAACCUUGAGCUAUCAAGAAAGUAUUUUGCACAAGCACUGAAGCUUAACAACAGAAAUAUGAGAGCUCUGUUUGGACUUUACAUGUCUGCCAGUCAUAUUGCUUCCAAUCCAAAAGCAAGUGCAAAAAUGAAAAAGGAUAAUAUGAAAUAUGCCAGCUGGGCAGCAAACCAAAUAAACAGAGCAUACCAGUUUGCAGGUCGCAGUAAGAAAGAAACUAAAUACUCUUUGAAGGCAGUGGAAGACAUGUUGGAGACCCUGCAAAUCACUCAGUCUUAGUUUGGCACAGAGAUCCAAUAUGAAAUUUUUCAAUACCAUGCUCAACCUGUGGGUUAUGUUACUGUAGUGCUGUUAAAAGUUAAUUUUGUAUUGAUUAACGUCCUAUAUAAGAUAACAUUUUAUGAAAAGUAGAAUGCCUAUUUAUUGCUGCUAUAAGAAAUGUGAUGAAUACCCACUGAAAUAAAUAAUUUUAUCCACGUAGAAAACAUAAAGAAAUUACAUGCUGCACAUCAUUUUCUUCAGAUUUUUUGUACCUACAGUACCUGCUUCUAAGCCAUAAUUUGUAGAAAUAAACUUGUUAAAUGAUUUAA